CGUUCUAUAUCAUUCCAUCACAGAAAGAAGCUUCUAGUACUUCAUAUUUUUUUUUCUAUCUGUCGGAAAAAAUUUUCUCUUGAAGGAAAAUGGCAAAGCGUUUGAUCCCAUCAUUCAAUCGCAUUUUGGUUGAGAAAAUAAUCCCUCCCUCUAAAACCAACUCGGGAAUCUUGCUCCCUGAGAAGACCCCCAAGCUGAACUCCGGAAAAGUGGUAGCUGUGGGACCAGGAGCGCGGGACAGAGAUGGGAAACAUAUUCCGGUCAAUCUAAAGGAAGGAGAUACAGUUCUUUUGCCUGAAUAUGGAGGCACUGAAGUCAAGCUUGGUGAAAAAGAGUAUCACCUAUACAGAGAUGACGAUAUCUUGGGAACACUUCAUGACUGAUUUCUAACAAUGCCGUUUUCAUUACUUUUGGAGAAUUGGGUUCUCAUCAAAUAUGUAGCUGUUCUUGAAGGAACAAGUGUUUGUAUUAAGACUUUCUUGUGACUGUAUCAGAAUUUUUAUGCAAGUUAAGACUUUUUAUUGCUUGACCUUGUUUUGGUUAAGUAAUGUUUUCAAGAAUCAAUUACUCAUGAUGGAAAUGUUGCUAAAACGUUCCACCAAUAAUAAAUAUCUUUUAUCUUUCUGGGUUA